AUGGCGACAUACAUGGAAAUUGGAGGUAUUCCAAAUUUUGAUUGCCACGGAGAUUCGUCCGCCAUUUCUCAACGAUGGAGAAAGUGGAAAAGGGCAUUCGAACUGUUUGUUGUGGGCAAGGGUAUAACAGAUCUUACACAGAAAAGGGCGUUGUUACUCCAUUGUGCCGGGAUGAGAGUGCAGGAAAUAUUUGACACACUCGCGGACACAGGAGAAGAUACAGAUUACGACAAGGCUGUACAGAAGCUGGGAGAGUACUUCGCGCCACAAGGAAACAUUUCAUUCGAGAGACACCAGUUUCGGCAACUCAAACAGGAGUCUAGUGAGUCAGUUGAACAAUUUAUAACGAGGUUACGCGAUAAAGCCAUGACAUGUGAAUUCGGAGAUGGUAAAGACGACCAGAUCCGUGAUCAGGUUAUCGACAAGUGUAAGUCGACACAUCUACGGAAGAAAUUUCUGGAAAAGGGAGGAACAUUGACCCUCACAAAAAUGCUGGAAAUGGGUAGAGCGCAUGAAGCAGCAGAGAGACAGGCAGCAGUAAUGCAGGAAGAAACUGUACACGCAGUUUAUGAGAAAAGGAAAGGACACAAACCAGGUUACCAGGGGGCUGACCGUUUCAAUACAAGUAGUCAAGGUAACAAAUCUCAAGCAUGCUUCCGGUGUGGGAGACAGGGACACUAUUCAAAAGAUAAGGAAUGUCCAGCCAGGAAUAAGAAAUGCAAUAAAUGUCAUAAAAUGGGACAUUUCCAGAAGUGUUGUAAGACAAAGGGAGGUAAUCCAGGGAAUGGCCGAUCACAGGAACGUACGGUGAAAUAUGUACAAGAUCAGGAUUCGGUUGAGUUAACUGACUACGUUUUUAGUGUUGUUAAAGAACCAGUUGGAGAACAGGUUAGUGUGAUAGUUGGAGGUGUGCCAAUAUCAUUUACUGUUGAUUCAGGUGCAGGUGUUAAUAUGAUAGACCGAGAACUCUGGGAAAGUCUGAAAAAGUCAAAGAUAAACUGUGUAAGUAACAAUACUGACAAGAAAUUGUUUGCUUAUGGAAGUACCAAGCCACUGCCUUUAGCAGGAUGUUUUGAGGCUGAUGUCAUACUUGGAAACAAGAUGGUACCUAGGGUGAUGUUUUAUGUUUUGGAGGGAACAGGCCAACCACUACUAGGCAAGAUGACUGCUAUAGAAUUAGGAGUUCUACAUGUGGGUACUGGGCACAUUAAUUCCGUUGAACAUGAUAUCAGUAAGGCUGAACUUAUGAAGAAAUACCCUGAAUGUUUCACAGGAAUUGGGAAAUUGAAAGACUAUCAAAUGACUAUAGCACUGGACGACACAGUUACGCCAGUUAUUCAACCAUUGCGGCGUAUACCCUACCAUUUACGUGACCGACUUGAGAGCAAAAUACACGAGCUGGAGUCAUUAGACAUUAUUGAGAAAGUCGAGGAACCCAGUGCAUGGGUAAGUCCAGUUGUUAUUAUUCCCAAGUCAAACGGGGAUAUUAGACUUUGUGUUGACAUGCGAAGGGCCAAUGAAGCUGUAAUUCGUGAACGGUAUCCGAUACCAACUGUAGAUGAAAUACUACAGGACCUGAAUCAGAGCAAGGUUUUUUCAAAACUUGAUAUUCGCUGGGCGUAUCACCAGAUUGAGCUAGCCCCAGAGUCACGUGGUAUUACAACAUUCCAAACUCACUUAGGCAUGUAUCGGUAUAAACGACUAAUGUUCGGGAUCAGCUGUGCCCCUGAGCUCUACAACAAAAUCAUACAACAGGUUCUGAGAGAGUGUCCAGGUGUCAACAGUAUAUUUGACGACAUUGUUGUUCACGGAGAAACACAGGGUGAGCACAACAAAAACUUGGACAAACUGUUACAAACCUUACGUGAGAAGGGCUUGACAUUGAAUUUGGACAAAUGUCAAUUUAAUAUGUCACAGAUUACAUUCAUGGGACAUGUACUUUCAGAGCAUGGAAUCAGUCUCGACGAGGACAAAGUCAAAGCGGUCGUGAACGCGAGACAACCUUCAAAUGCUGGAGAAGUAAGAAGUUUCCUAGGCCUAGUCAAUUUUAGCUCCAGAUUCUUACCCAACCUGGCAACUGUAUCUGAACCCUUACGACAGUUAACCCGAAAGGAUGCACCAUUCAAUUGGGGUCCAACUCAGGAACAGUCUUUUAAGAAACUUAAGACGAUGUUGUCAAAUGCAUGUGUUUUGGGAUAUUUUGACCCAAAAGCCAAGACGCAGGUUAUCGCUGACGCGUCACCUGUGGGAUUAGGAGGAGUGCUAGUACAGGAGCAGGACAAUCACACACGUGUAAUUUGUUACGCGAGCCGUAGUUUGACAGACAUUGAGCGGAAAUAUUCACAAACCGAGAAGGAGGCCUUAGGACUGGUCUGGGCAUGCGAAAGGUUCCAUAUGUACCUAUAUGGACAGGAAUUUGAACUUGUUACAGAUCACAAACCUCUACAGUUCAUUUUCUCACAGAAAUCCAAACCCUGUGCUCGUGUAGAACGCUGGAUUUUGCGGCUACAGUCCUAUACCUAUACUGUCAAGUAUAUACCUGGAUCUCAAAACAUCGCAGAUUACCCAGCCACCAAGUAA